AUGGAGCUGGACCUGAAUUCGCGCAACGUUAAGUGGAAUCGCGAGCAAAACAAGCGACGCGAGCAGAUCAAGCGCAAGAUUGAAAAAGAACGUCGGGAUCGUGCAGUGGCCGCCAAAGCUCACGAAGAAUUGGAGAAGAUGCAGCAACAAAAGCGCGUGGAGCGCAACGCGGAACUCGAGCGGCAGGAGCAGCAGGCGCUUGAGGAGCAGCGGAUUACGGGUGGCAUUAAGUACUUACAACAGCUAAGACCCGUUCCUACGUCUGAAGAUGGCGACAAGAUUACGCUGCCAGUGUCGGCGUUGGAGGAGCUCAACCCACAGAACGCCUUGGAGCUCGGCGUGUUCACGUUCGAGCUGUCGUUCGAGGAUCAGUACGUCUCACAAACGAGUGGAGAGACUACGAUAAAGAGACAGACACACGCAGGAGUGCUCGAGUUUGUGGCGGACGAAGGAACGGUGGGGAUUCCACCAAAAGUCGCUGCGUCGCUGUUUAAAUAUGCUACAGAGAUACCAGGCAGCAUUCAGGUGCGCUUCGUACGGUUGGAGAAGGGAACAUUUGCGAGUCUGCAGCCGAGAGGAAAUGGAUUUCGUGAUCGUCAGAUUGACUUUAAGCACAUGCUGGAGCGCUCGCUGAAGACGCACACCACUCUGACGGAGGGUGACGUCCUGUUCAUCCGACAUGGCAAAGAGACGUUCGAAGUGCUCGUAUCGAGAUUGAAACCUGAGCGAGCUAUUAACAUUCUCAACACAGACCUUGAAGUGGAUAUGAUCCCAUGCGAAGCUGUAAUAAAGGCGAAAGAAGCCGAGAAGCAAAUGGAUGAAGAGGCGGCGCGUAUUGUGGCACUGGCGCAAGAAAAGGAGCGGUGGAAAGCAAACAAGAUGGCGACUUUGGUACCGGAACCUGAUGCAGACGAACGCCCAUUGGUGAAAGUGGUGGUCAAAAUGCCUGAUGGACAGGCAACUCGCCGGUUCUUACACUCAUCUCCGCUACGCAACGUGUUUAAUUUCGUCGAGGCACUUACAGGCGAGGACGCUCGGCUUUUUCAGCUGGCGGCUACAUACCCACGUCGACUCUUUGGCGUAGAAGAAGCUGAGAAGACGCUGCAAGAAGUUGGUUUAAACGGCCGACAAGAAGCUCUAUUUGUUGAGAGACUGGCAGCAGCUGAGGUUUGUAAUGAACUUGUCACUACGGACAAAGCAUUGCAUGCAGAUCAUGCAUCAGUUGCUCGGCCCCGAACGCAAUUACCCGGUGUAUGGGAUGAAGCUCGACAGAUUUUGGAAGAGUGGCUUGAUGAAAGUAUGCACACAAUAGUGGUUCCUGCAAUUCAUGCCAUGGAGCCUGUUAUUUCUGUCACGCAGUCUGCGGACCAAGAGAUUAAAUGGCAGGCCCAGUUGAGCGAGCUAGAGCAGAUGGGUUUCAUGAAUCGAUCGCUGAAUAUUAAAGUGCUGGAAAGAUAUCAGGGUCGCUUGCUACGCGUUGUGAAUUUUCUUUCUGAAAUGGUGACUGCAAGUGUCGACAGCGGCGAAGAUUGA